CGUCACUUCCCCAAUUCUCCGUCUUCUCCACUACACUGCUCUCCCUUCUUCAAAGCUUUUCAACCUUCCUCCAUCCCCAUUUCUCUCCUUUCCCUUCCCUCCAAUUUGCUCCAGCAAUGGCUCCGCAUCUCCUUCCCUUCCUUCUUCUCCUCCUCUCCACUUCUUGUCUCUCAGGAAUUGAAUCAGCAGCUACUGUAAAGCUCACCAACCAAUGCCCCCAAACCAUCUUGCCGGAUAUCCUCUCCGGCGGUAACACUCCAGACCUCACCGCUGCUGCGGGCUCCCCGCUCGCGCCGGGGAAGUACAGGACGAUCCCCGUCCCAACCGGCUGGUCUGGCCGCAUUUCGGGUCGGACCAUCUGCGAGACAUCCGGUGCCCGGAAGGUGGAGCUCAGCCUCGACGGCGGCGAACCGCCGGCCACUGUAGUGGAGCUCACCCUCGACGGUGCUGGCGGUCUGGAGUACUCGUAUAGCGUGAGCUCGGUCGACGGGAACGACAUCCCCGUGGCGGUGUUGGGUCCGGCCCGCGGAUGCUCCGAUGAGCUGAAGGCUACGGCGGCGCGUGGGAAAGGGGAAGUCGCGUGUAAUGACACCAGUAGCAGGACUGCCCAUACGGAUUACGCUAUCGUAUUCUGCCCCAGGCCGUAUUCCAGCGGGGAAGUUGUAGGAAGAAGGAGAGGCAGGGCAGCUUUGCCACUGGUUAACCAGACGACAAUGACAACAGCCUGGCCAAGCAGACAUCGGAAUGGUGCUCUCUCUUCAGCUGCUGACAUCGACGUCGAUUUGACCGAAGCAGCCACCACAUUGAGCCCAGCUGAUCAUCAAGAGUCAAACGGGGGAGGUAAUGAGAUGAUGACAACGAAGACGAUGGCCAUGGAGCCAGUGAAGAUGGUGGAGAUGAGAAUGAUGUUGGGUGACAAGAGGAGGAGACUCAACAGCUUUCAGAUGUGUGCAUUGUGCACUUGUUGUAGCAGGGGUGGUUCCAGACAUUACUGCCUGCUCUCUCCAUGUUGCUAUGCAAUCAACUGCAACAUACCAAAUAAGCCCUUUGGUUUCUGCUCUUUCACUCCCAGGGCCUGUAAUUGCUUUGGAUGCCAUCUCUAGCUAGCAAGCUCUAGCUCCCCUCUUCCAUUUUUCUUCUCUUAUAUUUUUUCCCCAUUAUUAUAGUAAGUAUUGUAUUAUAGGGAGUGGUUCGUCUUGAUUCUGUCGUCUGUGGGAUACUAAGGAAGAAUAUCUGUCGUUUGAUUAAAUUAAAUUGAUUGAUUUGUUUAUAAAUAUUGAUUUAAUUAGUAUUAAAUCAAAUAAUAAUUGCCUGUUUCUGCUGCAAACUCUGCAGAGGACACCUAGAAAGGCAUGCAAGAAAGAUGAUUAGUAAGUGGAUUGUGGGACUAAUGUUUCCUUUAAUUAGCUAUUUUUACGGUUAUCUGUCUUCUGUCCUUUUGUUUAUUGGGAUAAUUACACUAGUGCUGUGGUAAUCUAAGUGGGUUGUUUUCUUUCUUUCUUCUUUCCCCAUUGUUCUGUUUCAAAGAAGGAAUAAAGAACGUUCAUGGCUGUUGCUAGUGAGCAGAAGAUACUAUCAGAUUCCAAGCAAUUGACAUAAAGUUGACUUUUUUUG